AUGUUGAUAUUUUCUUUGGAGUUUUGGUAUUAUUUCAACAUUACUGUAUUUUCAGUCGAAGAUUUCCAUCAAAUUCCCGAUAAAUAUGACGAUCUUCAAAUUGAGUCAACCACCAUAACCAAGGCUUCAAAAUUAAAUCAAACAAUUACACCGACAACAGCUUCAAAACCGAAAGCAGUAAAGAUAAGACCCAUUCUCAAUUAUCAUGGUAAACCUACCCUUGAACAAAUGCAGGCAUACCAAGACCAGCCAAUUCCAUUCAAAUCUAAAAUGGAAUGUGAAAGUUAUCAUGAACAAAAUGGAAUCUCCUCCAAAGAAUUGUGGAAUUGGUCACCAAUCCGUGUUUUCAUUGGUAUAUGGACGACAGCAAAAGGGCAUAAAAUUCGAAGUAUAGUACGAGCUAUAAAUUUAAAGCAACAAGAAAAUUUGAUUGGCGACAACGUGGAUUUCAAGUUUAUCCUAGGAAGACCACCAAAAGAUGUGUACACACCCGAUUUGAAAUUAAAAUUGACUACUGAGAAUGAUACCUAUGGCGAUCUUGUAAUGCUGGAUAUGGAAGAGAAUAUGAAUAAUGGCAAAGCGUAUUAUUACUGGAAGUGGGUUUGGGAGCACCUCGGUACCAUGAAAUAUGAUUAUGCAGCAAAGGCAGAUGAUGACGUAUUUGUACACUUUCAAAAUCUGGCACUUAACCUUCGACCAUUGCCACGAGAUAAUGUGUAUUACGGAUGUAAGCAUAAGUACUAUAUUACAGGUAUGCUUGUAGUUCUCUCGAUGAAUUAUCCACAUCUGAUUUCAACAACUCCAUUCAACAAAACCGAAUGGAGGGGGGGCGAAGACACAAGGUUGGGAAAAUGGCUAAUUAAUCAUGCAAAUUCAACUUUAAAUCCAAUUGAUGAACAUUGCUUACUUUUUCAAGACCCAAGGAUCCCAGUAUUUUAUGUUGUAGGGAGAAAAUGGGCAUCACCACAAUCAAUUGUCAUACAUUGGUUAAAAGACUUGUAUGCAUGGAAAGGUGUCAUUGAUUUAUACAUUCCAGAUGUUAUAAAAGAUUUGAAAGCAUCAACCAGUGUAGGAAAUUGA